AUGUUUUUUUCGCAUUUUAAUAUUUUAAUAUUUAUUUAUUUUUGUUCAUUUUCUUGGACUUCUACAAUCGAAAAUGAUUAUAUAUGGCCAUGGGCAAAAACAAAAUAUUUAACUCGAUCAAAUUGGUCAACAUUAUUAAUCCCUAAUGAUAAUAAUUCUUUUGACGAUCAACAUUCAAUAUGGUUUAUUUUUCAUUCUCAAAAUUCUUGUGAAUAUUCUAAAAAAUUUGAGCCUGUUUGGGAAGAUCUUGCUCGAUAUGCAAUUAACUGGUCAAAAUAUAUUCAAAUAGGUACAUAUGAUUGUACAAAUGAAUCAUUAUUAAUGAAUGAUAUUUGUCAAGAUAAAGAAUAUCCUCAUGGGAGUAUUUAUUGUCCAUUAACAAAUACAAUACAAUUAGCAUUUUAUUUAGAACAAAAAUUAGAUAAUAUAAAAUUUGAAGAUAUUCUAAUUUAUUUAUUAAAUAAAUUAAAUAAAAUUGCAAAUCAAUGUUACGGAGAAUCAUGGCCAAUUAAAAAUAUUAUUGAAUCAAAAACAAAUGAUGAUUUGAAUAAAAUAAUUCCAAAAAAUAUAAAUAAAUUUCAAUUAUUUAUUUCCGAUGAUAUUCUUCUUUAUACUCUUUAUGUAUUAAAUAAUUCAAAAACUAUUCAAACAGAACCAAUUUAUCAUUUGACAAAAGAAAAUCAAAUUACACAAAAUAUUGGUAUUUGGAAAGGAAUUCGUUAUGAAAAUGGUCAAAUAUAUCUUCAAUCAAUCAAUUCAGAAAACAUAAUGAAAUCUUUAGUAGUUAAUCAAAAUAUUAUUUCUUAUCUUGAAAUAAUUAAACAAAAAACUACAGCAACACCAAAACCAACUCUUUCAGAUAUUGAUAGUGCAGUUGUUUGGAUGUUAACUAGGGAUCUUCGUCGAAAAUUACCGAGUUUAUUUGGAGAUGUUAAAAGUUGGGUUGAUGUUCUUUCGAUAUAUUAUCCAGGAAGUGAUACUGUUAAAAAUUUUCUUUAUGAUUUAAAUACAUUUCUAAAAAAUCGUACUACAUUAACAUCAACAGAACUUCAAAAUUAUAUUAAUUCAACAUCGACUAUCAAAUUACCUGAAUUGAAAUUCGAUCAUUGUAAUGGAUCUGACUCAACUAAACGUGGUUAUCCAUGUACAUUAUGGAUUUUAUUUCAUAGUAUGACUAUUAAACAAGCUCAACUUGCCGAACAAAAUAAAUUAUCAUCAGAUGUUAAACCAUUCGAUCUUAUGUUAUCAAUUCGACAAUUUAUUGGUAAAUUUUUUCUUUGUCAAGAAUGUGUUACACAUUUUAUUAAUAUGACAUCAAAUGCUGAAAAUGAAAUUAAUUCAUAUAAUGAAAGUGUUUUAUAUCUUUGGCGAAGUCAUAAUAUUGUUAAUAAACGACUUCGAUAUGAAAAUGAUUCAAAUGAUCCCGAUUGGCCUAAAGUACCUUUUCCAACAAAACAACAAUGUAAUCUAUGUGUUGAAAAACUAGAUGAAAAUGGUGAUGGGUUAGAAUAUAAUGAAAAUGAAGUAUAUCAUUUUCUUAAAGGAUUUUAUUAUUUCACAAAUUCCGUAAGAAAUCAAAGUUAUAAUCAUGUUUUAUUAGUUUUUAUUGUUAUUAUAAGUAGAUUGGUUUUAUAUCAAUAA